UAUGACAAAUAUUUUGUAAAAUUCCCCUUUUGAAUGCAAUCGUGUUCUUGUUUUAUGUUGUUAUUACCCAAUUCUUCAUCUUCGCAUUGUCUUAUUCCAAACUUAGGACACACAGACACGUCUUCCAGGUACGUUUCAAUAAUGUUUUCACAAGACCUCUCAGUUACUUUAUGUUGUUUAAUGACUCCGACUUACCAAAUAGACAUUCCUAUCCUUCUAUAUGUAUCGAUCAAACGUCCAUAUAUACGGAUGAGUGACUAACUGAUCUCUCUUGCUUUUGUUUGUUGCUUCUUUUACAAGCAGAACUCUCCCAUUCAACUUUGCAUUCUUAUCAUUGCCUCGCAGGAAAACAAAUCUCGAUCCUUUUUCAACAGUCUGCGACAGGACUAACAACCGUGGUGCUGAGACAUAUGGAGUAAGUUGAGUUUGGUCUCCUAUGAAGCUUGCUCAAAAACUGACUUUUUUAAGGUUUACGUGUUUUGUCUGCGUCAUUUUCGACUGGAGAAUUAAAAAUAACAAUGGUCUUUCAAUAAUUGAGAAAAUGUCUGGGAGGCGAAUCAUUCAUUCUUAUCACUCUCAAAUCAAUCACAUGGAAAGAACAUCAAAAGGUCCGAAUUUUUAAUUUUUUUAUGUCAAAUUCAAACAGGUGUUGCUUGUUCUACUGGCUUCUUCUUCAAUGGAUAAUCAAACUACUAUAAAAUUUGUUUAUCGUCAUGGUCAACUAUGUUGGUUGCUUAGAUAAUAGUUUAUUUACAUUCUUUGUUCCUGUUACAGAUAACUUGGCUGGCUCACAGAUAAACUCAUUUUUCUAAUCAUGGAAGAAUAUUGGGUCCCUUCCCUUGUGCAUAUGAUCUGAUAAAUGGCUGUUUAUUCUCUCAAGUAUUGCAUCUCUUGUUCUGUAGCUGCUUCUGCAUUCAACACCAUGUCCACUUGUUUCUUGUUCUCAUUCCUUCUCAUCCUCCCUUUUGUUCACUCGGUUCAGUUUAACUUUUCUCGUUUUGAGCCAGGUAAUCCUGACAUCGCUUACCAAGGAGAUGCAACACCAAACGACGCCAUCGAAUUCAACAAUGUUGAUUAUACAUGUCGUGUUGGUUGGGCUACUUAUGCUAGGAAGGUCCCUCUUUGGGAUCCUGCAACGGGUCAGUCUUCGGAUUUUACCACACGUUUCUCCUUCAGGAUCGAUACCCGUAACCUUUCUCAGUAUGGUCACGGGUUCAGUUUCUUCCUUGCUCCGGUUGGAAUCCAAAUCCUUCCCAACUCCGCUACUGGUUUCUUGGGUCUAUUCAAUCAAACCGGUGUGCGCUCCUCUUUGUUCCCGCUUGUUCACAUUGAAUUCGACACAUUCUACAAUUCAGAAUGGGAUCCUCGCGGUUUUCAAUCUCAUGUUGGAAUCAACAAUAAUUCGCUUUUUUCCGCAAAUUACACUUCCUGGAACGCAAGCUUGCACAGCCAAGAUAUAGGUCAUGCGCGGAUCUCUUACAAUUCAGCUCAGCGGAAUCUGAGUGUCUCUUGGACAUACGAAUUGACAUCUGAUCCUAGGGAGAGAACAAGCCUUUCUUACAUCAUUGAUCUUGCAAAGGUUCUGCCAUCAGAAGUUACGAUCGGGUUCUCGGCUGCAACUGGAUCGAGUGCGGAGGGGCAUAGACUGUUAUCCUGGGACUUCAGUUCACCCUUAGAUAUACAAGAUGCAGAGAAAACUCCUGACAGGACAGCGGUGAUAAUCGGUGUUUCGAUUUCUGGUUUUGUCCUCCUGACCUUUCUGGUUGUCACGAUCGUUAUCAUCUUGAAACGGAGGCAAAGAAAGAAGAAAGCAGGAGAGGCUACAAACUUGACAUCGAUAAAUGAAGAUCUCGAACGAGGAGCAGGGCCAAGACGAUUUUCUUACAAAGAUGUUGCAUCAGCUACCAACAACUUCUCGGAUGAAAGGAAACUCGGUGAAGGAGGAUUUGGAGCAGUUUACAGAGGGUACUUUAAGGACAUAGAUAUGAUGGUUGCCGUGAAGAAAUUUGCAGGCGGGUCUAAACAGGGGAGGAGAGAGUUCAUAACCGAGGUCAAGAUCAUCAGUAGCCUGAGACAUCGCAACCUGGUGCAACUCAUUGGUUGGUGCCAUGAGAAGGAUGAGUUCCUGCUGAUUUACGAGUUCAUGCCGAAUAAUAGCCUCGACUCUCACCUAUUUGGGAAAAGACAGCACCUCGUUUGGGCUGUAAGGUACAAGAUAACUCUCGGUAUAGCCUCCGCUCUGUUUUAUCUGCACGAGGAGUGGGAGCAAUGUGUUGUGCAUAGAGAUAUCAAGGCGAGUAAUAUAAUGCUGGAUUCAAAUUUCAAUGUCAAACUUGGUGAUUUUGGAUUGGCUCGGCUGAUGGACCAUGAGCUGGGUCCCCAAACAACGGGAUUGGCAGGAACAUUCGGCUACAUGGCUCCUGAAUACAUAAGCACGGGCAGGGCGAGCAAGGAAUCCGACGUAUAUAGCUUUGGAGUUGUUACACUCGAAAUCGUCACAGGGAGAAAAUCGGUUGACCCGAAACAAGGAAAGAUCGAGCCUGAAACGAGUCUUGUAGAGAGAGUAUGGGACCUGUAUGGAAGAGGAGAACUUGUGUCUGCCAUUGACGAGAAACUCGGGGAUGAUUUCGAUAAGAUACAAGCAGAAUGUCUUAUGGUUGUCGGCUUAUGGUGUGCUCACCCUGACAGAAGCUCGAGGCCUUCGAUAAAACAAGCGAUCCAAGUCCUGAAUUUCGAGGCACCGUUGCCUAAGCUGCCGCCGAAAAUGCCAGUUGCCACAUAUCAUCAUGUCUCGUCUUCUUCGACUACUUCUGUUAGCUCUGGUGGAGGUACGGCCACAUUUUCAAGCGCUCAAAUUGGCCGCUGAGGACAAUGACAACGGUUACAAUCCUCACUGGAUUUGUAGCUCUGAUAUAAAUCUACGUGGAGUGUAUCCUUUUGUUGUGUCUAUAGUCUUGUCAUGCAUCUGUUUGCUACUGUUCGUGCUGCUGUGUAUAUCCUUAGUUGCCCAUUCUUCUGUGUGCUUUACAUCUGUUGGUAUGGCAGAUCUUUGUAAGCUUUUCACUAAUGAAUUGUGUAUCUUUUCGUUUUCAAAAAUUUAUGAAUGGUCAAAGUUAUGUGAUUUUAUCUUUGUAUUACCCAGUUCUUCAUCUGGAGGUCAAACCACAGAGAAAAGAGGGUUUCUGCCAUUUCCUUUACAAACAGAAUUCUCUUAUACUAUUCCUGAGUUCCUAUCAGUGAUUUCUCUCGAUAACUAAUGUUACUCCAUUGUAAACAGAUUCUACUGCAGGGAUUUGCAUCAAUGCUUUAUUGGUUGGUUUGUGAGUAACAACUGAAAUUGUGAGCUGAGCUGGUCUCCUUUGAACAUUUCUCCAACCUUAGUACUUCGAGGUUUUGGGAAGGUAAUCCCAAGGACUUACUUUAUCAGGGAGAUGCAACACCCAAUGGGACCGUUGAGUUGACCGAUGCUGUAUUUACAUCUCGAGUUGGUUGGGUUACUUAUGCUGGGAAGGUGCCUAUGUGGGAUCCUAGAUCCGGUAAGCCUUCUGAUUUCGAUACCACUUUCUCCUUCAUAAUCGAUACCGGUAACAAGUCGCUGUACGGUCAUGGGCUCUGCUUCUUUCUUGCUCCUGUGUGAAUCCAACUCUCUCCCAACUCAGCCACUGGUUUCUUGGGUCUGUUCUCUCGUACCAAUAAUUCCUCAUCUUCCUUUCCACUUGUUCAUAUCGAGUUUGACACAUUUAAAAAUUCAGAAUGGGAUCCUCUUAAUGUCCAGUCUCAUGUGGGGAUCAACAAUAAUUCGCUUGUUUCUUCUACUUACACUUCCUGGAACGCGAGCCUGCACAGCCAGGACACAUGUCAUGCACGUAUCUCAUAUGAUUCUGCUGCUAAUAACUUGGGUGUCUCUUGGACUUAUGAUCUGACCUCUGAUCCUCGAGAGAAUUCAAGUCUGUUUUACAUCAUUGAUCUUGCCAAGGUUCUGCCACCACAAGUUACAAUCGGAUUUUCCGCUUCUACUGGAUCGAGCACAGAAAGCCAUAGACUUUUAUCAUGGAGUUUUAGUUCAAGUCUGGAUAUAAAGGAGGAAUCCCCUAACUGGACAGCAGUAAUAGUUGGAGUUUCAGUUUCUGGGUUUGUUGUGCUGAUCUCUUUGGUCAUUGCGUUCAUGGUCAUUUGGAGGGAGAAGCAAAGAAAGAAGAAAACAAGAGAGACAGAGAACUUGACAUCAAUCAACAAAGAUCUCGAAAGGGAAGCAGGACCGAGGAGAUUUUCUUAUAAAGCUCUUGCAUCUGCCACCAACAAAUUCUCGGAUUCAAGGAAGCUGGGUGAAGGAGGGUUUGGAGCGGUUUAUAGGGGUUGCUUAAAUGACUCAAAUUUGGUGGUUGCAGUGAAGAGAUUAGCAGCAAGCUCUAAACAGGGAAGAAAAGAGUUCAUAACUGAAGUCAAGAUCAUCAGCAGGUUGAGACAUCGAAAUCUGGUGCAACUCAUCGGCUGGUGUCAUGAUAAAGAUGAGUACUUGCUGAUAUACGAGUUCAUGCCAAACGGAAGCCUCGACUCCCACCUAUUCGGGAAACGACCCCAUCUCUCAUGGGCCAUAAGGUAUAAGAUAACAUUAGGUCUAGCCUCUGCAUUGCUUUAUCUUCAUCAGGAAUGGGAACAAUGCGUAGUUCACAGAGACAUCAAGGCGAGUAACAUAAUGCUCAACUCUGAUUUCAGCAUCAAGUUAGGUGAUUUUGGGUUGGCCCGGCUGAUGGACCAUGAGCUAGGGUCCCAGACAACAGGCCUGGCAGGAACAUUCGGUUACAUGGCUCCUGAAUACAUAAUGACAGGAAGGGCAAGCAAGGAAGCGGACAUAUAUAGAUUUGGAAUCGUUAUACUAGAAAUCGUCACGGGAAGAAAGUCGGUUGGCCCAAGAGGAGGAAACACCGAGCCAGAAAAGAGCCUUGUGGAGAGAGUUUGGGAUCUGUACGAAAGAGGAGAACUUGCUUCAGCCAUUGACGAGAAACUUGGAGAAGAUUUCGAUAGGGAGCAAGCCGAAUGCCUGAUGGUUGUGGGAUUAUGGUGUGCUCAUCCUGAUAGAAACUCAAGGCCUUGCAUAAAGCAAGCGAUCCAAGUUCUGAACUUUGGAGCGCCUUUGCCUAAUCUCCCACCCAAAAUGCCAGUAGCUGUGUAUUAUGUGUCAUCUCCUUUCUCGGUUAGCUCCAGUAGAGCUUCUGUAACGUUUUCCAGCCAUCAAGUGGGUCGCUGAUAAAUGCCAGAUUGAUAUAUAUACACACAAGUCUGUAAAGCUAUCCUUACACACACAAGCCUUUCUUGUUCAGAAGAAUGUUUGGGAUUGUAAACAAGUUCGUUUCUUGCCGUUUGAGAACUGAGACGAGGGGUUCCUCUUUUGGUU